AUGUCGACACCAGUGGGUGGUGUUGGGUCAAGACCUACGCUCUCACCUUUUGUCUUUCUUUCACAAUACCAAAACACACACAGACACAUACAACCAUUAAAUGCUUCAAGGUUCAUCAAGUGUGUGACUGUUGGUGAUGGUGCUGUUGGCAAGACUUGUAUGCUUAUUUGCUACACCAGCAACAAAUUCCCUACUGACUAUGUACCAACUGUAUUUGAUAACUUCAGUGCAAAUGUUGUAGUUGAAAGCACCACAGUAAAUUUAGGCCUCUGGGAUACAGCUGGACAAGAGGAUUACAACCGAUUAAGACCCUUGAGUUAUCGAGGAGCCGAUGUCUUCGUUCUAGCCUUUUCAUUGGUCAGUCGAGCCAGCUAUGAAAACGUACUUAAAAAGUGGAUACCUGAGCUUCAACAUUUUGCUCCCGGAGUCCCGGUUGUUCUAGCUGGAACCAAACUCGAUCUUCGUGAGGAUAAACGAUAUUUAGCAGAUCACCCAGGACUAGUCCCCGUAACAACCGCACAGGGAGAGGAGCUUCGUAAACAAAUGGGCGCUGCAUAUUACAUCGAAUGCAGCUCAAAAACUCAACAGAAUGUAAAAUCCGUUUUUGAUGCUGCGAUAAGAGUGGUGAUCAAACCACAACAACCACCAAAAGAGAAGAAAAAGCCACGACCAGGAUGUUUUGUUAACAUGUUUUGCAAUAAGAAACUUACAUGCCUGGGAGAAAAGCAUAGGGUAAGUGACAAAAGGGUGUCCUGA